AUGAGGAUGUUGUAUGGAAGGCUCUUACACAUAAUGGUAUGUGUAGUUUCGACUCAAUCGCAUAUUGUCCACAGCCUCAAAUUUGACCAGGCCAGAUUCGUUUAUUCUGCUUCACUUCAAGCUCCGAGCUGCAAUUUUUUACUCAAAUUUGUCAAUAAACUCAUCGGCGUUUCCAAACAGUCCUACUUAAGGGCCAAGAGGGAGCUGUUCGUUGAUGAUGUCAAUAAACGGCUUGAUAGGAAGGAAAUUAAACUUCUCAUUGUUUUGGAGCAGAGUGAGCUCUUCAAGCGGUGCAACAACGUCCACUACAACGAUGACGGCUCCGAGGUCAACUUUUCUGACAACGACAAGGUGCUCCUUCCCGUUUCCUUCUUUGAGUGCUGCAAAUCCGGCAACUACAACGUGCCCUUUCAGCUCCUAAUUCACAAAGUUCACGUUCCGGAGCCCUACUACUCGUCUAAGCCGCCUGAGCUACUACUCUCUUCAGACCUUUCGAAGUCGUCUAGGAACUUGGUUACUAACUCGUCUGAGUCACUGAUGGAGACCAAGCGAAGGGGCCCUCCUAAUAUCGACUCUUUUCCUAACACUGCUCAGGAGUUCAUUCCUCCAAGUGAUGUUUCGAACGAGUGCGUUUCCUGUUCCGCUAUUGAGUUUCGAACUGAUGAAAACUACGUGUACGUGCCCAAAUGGAUUAUGAACAAUCUGAAGCUAAAGCCCUUUGAUGUUGUUUUGGUCGAACUAAUCAAACUCGACGAUUGCACCAAUGUUGAGUUAAAAUGUCUUGAGAGGGAGUUUUACGAGACCAACGACAUUAAGAAGGUUCUUGAGGAGCGUCUCAAGUACUACUCCACUCUCACUUUGAACUCCGUGAUUCCCAUUACUAUUGGCGAUGUGACUUUUAAUUUUAAGGUUGUUAGGCUGGAUACUACAAAUCAGCGGAAUGUUCCCUUUGCAUCCAUCCAGGACAUAGAUUUGAACGUUAAGUUGUUAUAA